CUUACGGAAAUGACGUAGAUGGACACAUUGAAAACGUGCAACGGGACAUAGAACAGAGUACGUUUGUGUUCAGAAUCCCUCCUUUCCUUAAGAAAUGUCUCUGGUCUACUCUCUGGUCCGUUUCUGCUUUAAUUUUAAACAUGCGGAGUGUUUAACCAUUUUCAGUUUGAUUUGAGCAGCGUGGCGGAGAAGGGUCCCUGUGCACACUGUGUGGAUGUGUAUAGAAACAGUGGUGCAGCAAUCCUGCUGUUGGAGCAUAAAGCCUAAACAUGGUGAGGCUGGAGCUGGAUCAGGUGGUGAUGAGGAGGAUGAAGGAGGACGACAUAGAGAUGGUCAAAGCCCUCAUAAAGGAGGGCUGCGAGGGCACAGAAAACCGUCUCAUCCUCCACAUCCUCACGCGUCCACUCUGCCUCUUCAUCCUGGCUGUUUUCUCCUCAAUCCUGCGCUGUCUUGUCCAUUCCUUUAUCCUGGCCCUUGCUAUUCCUGUCUUCCUGCUAAUUAUCUUUCUCAAGAUCACCAUGCCGCGGUCCACAGGGGUUCUGGGCAGCAGCCGCCCCUACUGGGACUAUGUGGGUAGCAGCUACAGAGGGACAGAGGAUGAGACACUGCAGAAUCCUUACUGUAGGAUCAGUGGGAAAACAUCAGUGACUAAAAAGCCAAGGCGCAGAAUCACACCCAAAGACAAGGACAAAGAUUCGUCAACAGAGAAUGUCACCCCAGAGAGGGAGCAGGAAGCAGGGCAGGUGUGGGUGGCAGACUGCGAUGGUGAUAUCCUCGGGUGCAUCUUCAGGGAAAGUGAGAAGCGAGCGAAUAUCAGGAGGAUCUGCAGGUUGGUGACGGGCUGCUGGUACCGCAGGGAGGGUCUGGGCCGGCUGCUUGUACAGAGUCUGGAGCAGAGAGAGAGUGAGGGUGGCACACGCAGAGUGUAUGCACACGUCCCUUACCCCUCCAAGCUGGGGGAGGCCUUCUUCAGGAAGCUGGGCUAUCGGCAAUUUGAGGAGGGGGCUGAUGAGGAAGAAGAUGACGAGGAGGAGAGGAAGCUGGAGACUCCAGAGAGAGGCUUUCUGGGAUACCCACUCACUAAAGUAUUUUACAAAGACCUGUGAUUGAGCGGUGAUGGACUCUUGGAGGGGGAAAAAAGCAUUGUAAUGGCUAAAGGUAAAGAAGCCAUAAAAUCAGUGCAAACUAUGGAUCUCUGCUAAAGGUGUUAUUGAUUAGUUUGAGUUCAUAAUUUAUUCAGUAUUUGUGUUAUUUAUUUAUUUAGUGUAUGUGUUGCUGUUCUGUUUAAGUAUUUUUACCUUUUCAUCAUAGAAAGUACCAUCUCUCCAUUCUCAUAAAAGAAAUGGAUGUUUAUUAUGUAAUCAUUCAAAUAUGACAUCAUGAAGCCACAGUCAUGCUGUUCUAUCAUUAUUUCUAAUUUAAUAAAAUAUGUUUUACUAAAUAUGUGUUU